CGGCUUUUUAUUUUGCAGCCUCGCAGUAUUUCUGGGAAGACUUCUAGAGAAGGGAAGAGUGUCGAAUGUCGCUAUGACCUUCUUUAUGAGAUUUAAAAGCACUAAUGAUUUGCACUGAAAACAUAUGCACAUUUUACUUUAAGUAAUAGAAGCCCAUUAAAUGUGGAGACUUCCACAUCAAACAAGCUGCAGAAUGGACCACUGUUGAGGCUGCUACACCAAUGGAUUAUUUUGCCUAAUGGAUGAAAACUAUUAAGGUUAUUUUGAUUCACUGUAAUCAUGGACCUAUCAUUUCUACAUUUUUGGGUAUAAAAGAGCAUCUGAAUCAAGGACUUGCUGAAGGAACUCGGUCAAAGCCUGUUUUGUCACAAUGAGUUCGAACCUCUGGGGGCAAGAAAAAAGCAGCUCCACUUACUGGGAAGAACGCAUCUUUUACUUGUUGGUCCAGGAAUGCAGUUUGGUUGACAAACAGACCCAGAAGCAGAUUAAGAUCCCAAGGGGAAGCAUUGGACAGUUUGUUCAAGAGCGUUCUGCAGUAGCCCAUAGCCGGAGCAUCCCUCCUAAGAGCAAAAAAGUUCAGAUUGCACUAAAAAUCUUAGAGCAGCCCCAUGCUCUUCUGUUUGUGGAUGAGAAGGAAGUUAUUGAGAUCGCAGAGAAGCUGGCUGAAUUGCUUUUGGCCAUUACAAACUGUGAGGAGAGGUACAGCUUGUUCAAGAAUAAAGCGAGACUUUCUAAAGCUUUACAAAUUGAGACUGGCUCUGCUGUAAGGGUGUAUAUGAGACCGGGAGACGGGCACUUUCCAGGUGUGGUGCGAUAUAGGGGACCAUUGUUGCCAGAAAGGACUGUCACAGGUAUAUGGUUUGGUGUGGAAUUAUUGGAAGAUGGCCGUGGCCAGGGAUUUACAGAUGGUUCGUACCAGGGAAAACAGUUAUUCCGAUGUGACGAGGAGUGCGGAGUGUUCGUCGCUCUGGAUAAAUUGGAGCUGUGUGAGGAAGAUGAUGAAGAAAUAGAAAGUGAUUAUGCAUCACCAGUAGACAAUAACCAGACAGAAAUCCCUCCUCUAGAAAUUAACUCCAGAGUGUCUCUGAAAAUAGGAGAAGGAAUGGAAUUUGGGACUGUGAUUUUCUGUGAUGUCCUGCCUGGGAAAGAGAGCCUUGGAUAUUUUGUCGGAGUAGAUAUGGACAACCCUAUAGGAAAUUGGGAUGGAAGAUAUAAUGGAAUCCAGCUGUGUAGCUUUGCCAGUGUGGAAAGUACUCUCCUUCUGCACAUUAAUGACAUCAUUCCGGAAUCUGUAACCCAAGAAAGGAGGCCUUUAAAACUUGCCUUUACUUCAAGAUGUGGGAGUGAAAAAAGCUUAUCCAAUCAUAGCAAACCAAAGGUUACAGCAGGAUCUACCUCCGAAUCGGGAAGCAGGAACCGUUCAGAAUUUUUUUACACUUUAAAUGGUAGCUCGAUUGAAACGCCACAUCAACCGAAGAGCAAAUCCAACUGGUAUAUGGAAGAAGCAGCUCGAGAGAGAUCAUUACGAGGAGGAAAUUCUGGUAUGCAAGAAAGCAGUCGCUGUGAAGUUGAAGAUUCUGCAAAAUCUCUGACAGAGACUUCCCCGUCAUCAUAUGGACAUUGUUCUCCCCCUUUGCAGCCUUCAUCAAGCAGCUGUUCACCUGGGGAGAAUAGAUUCCAUUCUCUCCCCUUCAGCCUUUCCAAGAUGUCCAGUACCAAUGGCACAAUGGGACAUACUCCUCUCUCAUUGUCUGUGCAGUCAGUAAUUGGAGAAAUGAACCAUUCUUCCCUGCAAGACAGCCUACCAGACCUGCCCCACAUCUCUAAUUUGCAUGGCCUUGAGGUGGGAUCACUUGCUGAGGUUAAAGAAAACCCACCUUUCUAUGGUGUGAUCCGUUGGAUUGGUCAGCCUGUAGGAGUAAAUGAAAUGUUGGCAGGACUGGAGCUGGAGGACGAAUGCGCGGGAUGCACUGACGGCACUUUCAAGGGGACAAGAUAUUUUACUUGUGCCCCUAAAAAAGCACUUUUUGUGAAACUGAAGAGCUGCAGGCCAGACUCGAGGUUCGCAUCACUUCAGCCCGUCUCCAAUCAGAUUGAGCGCUGUAACUCUUUAGCUUUUGGUGGAUACUUAAGUGAAGUAGUUGAAGGGAACACCCCUCCACGGACAGAGAAGGAAGGCUUAGAGGUAAUGAUUGGAAAGAAGAAAGGUAUCCAGGGCCAUUACAACUCUUGCUACCUUGACUCAACCUUGUUUUGCUUAUUUUCCUUCAGUUCAGUGCUAGACUCUGUCCUUCUGAGACCGAAAGAGAAAACGGAUGUGGAAUACUACAGUGAAACACAAGCACUUCUAAGGACGGAGAUUGUGAAUCCUCUAAGGAUAUAUGGAUAUGUUUGUGCAACGAAAAUAAUGAAGCUAAGGAAAAUUUUAGAGAAAGUGGAAGCUGCAUCAGGAUUUACAUCAGAAGAAAAAGAUCCAGAAGAAUUUUUGAAUAUCUUGUUCCAUCAUAUAUUAAGAGUAGACCCCCUCUUAAAAAUAAGGUCAGCAGGUCAGAAAGUACAAGAUUGCUACUUUUACCAAAUCUUCAUGGAAAAAAAUGAGAAUGUUGGGGUUCCCACCAUACAACAACUAUUGGAGUGGUCAUUUAUAAACAGCAAUCUGAAGUUUGCAGAGGCUCCAUCAUGCCUAAUAGUUCAGAUGCCUCGAUUUGGAAAAGACUUCAAGAUGUUCAACAAAAUAUUUCCUUCCUUGGAUCUGAAUAUCACUGAUUUAUUGGAGGACACCCCACGGCAGUGCCGUAUCUGUGGAGGUCUUGCAAUGUAUGAAUGCAGGGAGUGCUAUGAUGACAGCGACAUUUCUGCUGGAAAAAUAAAGCAGUUCUGUAAAACGUGCAACACCCAGGUUCACCUUCACCCAAAAAGACAGCACCAUAAAUUCAAUCCGGUAUCUCUUCCCAAAGAGCUCCCAGACUGGGACUGGAGGCGUGGCUGUAUACCGUACCAGAAGAUGGACUUGUUUGCUGUGUUGUGCAUUGAGACAAGUCAUUAUGUGGCAUUUGUAAAAUAUGGCAGGGACGACUCUGCUUGGGUGUUUUUUGACAGCAUGGCAGACCGUGAUGGUGGACAAAAUGGGUUUAACAUUCCACAGGUAACCCCAUGUCCUGAGGUUGGGGAAUACCUGAAAAUGUCCUUAGAGGAGCUUCACGCCUUAGACUCUCGUAACAUUCAGGGCUGUGCCAGGCGGCUCUUGUGUGAUGCCUACAUGUGUAUGUACCAGAGCCCCACUAUGAGUUUGUACAAAUAAAAGAAUGCUGCUUUUACAUAACAGUGUAAAAUAUAUGCCCGAGGGGGGCAGGCUGGGACUCCACAGCUUCUGUUGACCCUUGUUGAUGGAAAUACAGUUCAGUGACUGGAGUGCCAUAGAUUGCCUCAGCUUGUUCUGGUUUGUUACCUACAAAAACAACUGGCAAAGCAUUUUUCAUACACUAAAAUUCUUCCCAUCUUUCCCUUAAUCCAUUUACUCUCAACAAACAAGUUAACUUACAGUAUAACUGCAUCUGCAGCCUUCUUUGCACUUCAAUUAGUUUUAUUUUCCUUUGUCUUUUAAUUUCCACUGAAUGUAAGUAACAAGGGAAGGAACAAUCACUGAAGCUUUAAGUCAUAACAGAAUUUUAUUGUGUUCUUUUUUUUCUGUUUGAAAUAAAACCGUACAUGGCACAAAUGAAA